ACUUGUAGAUAAUAUGGCAAUAAUUGCUACAAGAACUGUGCCCAAAGGUGAUAUCGGCUAGCUUACGUAAUAGAUAUGAGCAAGUUCUUACCAACCCAAAUUAGCACGGAACAAGCCAUACAUCCGCCAGGAGAGAUUGUGGUUCUUCUCUUUGCAUAUUAUUACAACAACAUCAUAGCAUUGAAGCUUGUAAAGCUCAGCACACUUCCAGCAUAGUAUAUUACACAAGAUUGUCCAAGUAACCCAAACCCCGGAGUCCUAGCAAAGCAUCAUCCUCAUGAUAUUAUCUAAGUACAGCCAGAUAACGAACAACCAUUCUACUCGGGGAUUGCAUCCAUGGCCAUCAUCUAAAGACCCAACCCCCUAUGAGAUAUUUGACAUGGAAGAUGGUGGGAAAUCCACCUUGGAGAUGAACCAACAGCUCAAGUCCACAUAUCUCAAGUAUGUCAAACUAUAUCAUCCUGAUGUAGCACACGAUGUGGCUGACAAAAGUGGUAGAAUCUUGUCUGGAGAGGCUAAACGGAUUCGAUUUGACCAGAUUCAGAAUGCAUAUGAUAUCCUCAAAGAUCCCAGACGGCGAGUGGCAUACAAUCGAUACUACAAUUCCAAAUGGGAUCCUCAUACCCUGUUCGACCCAGGCAUGAGAGAGGAAUUCAGUAAGGCUAAUUUUCAAGCCUUCCGGAAGGCACAAAGUCAUCGUAAUGCUUACAGUUUCAACAGAAAUGAGCAAUUCUGGCAUGCCGGUACUUGGGAAGAUUAUUAUAGGAUGAAGUACAAGAAGGAACCACCCACCAAAGAAGAGAUUGACAGAAAUAAGAUCAAGAUAUUAAUUGGGGUUGUCAUUUUCGGGGCUUUGGCUUUUAGCUUGCAAUUCAUGAUGGCCCUCGAACGCGUGAAUGAAUACCAACACAAAACCAGAGUUAUGAAUAUGAAGUUGAUGCAAGACUUGAGAGGAGAUGAUGCAAACAAAUUGGAAAGAAUGCAACACUUUUUGGACACUAGGCGUUCAACUUUAGCCGUGAAAGAGGACCAACGCUUGUUGCGGAAAUAUGCUGUGAAGCAAGUUGAGAAAUGGGAUGAUGACCCCAACUAA